AUGCCGCCCGUGGUCAAAGACGAGAGGAAGAGUGGAAUACGCGGUCUUUUCAAGACCACCGCGCUUGCCACGGUUGUCGCCACCUUGACGAACGUCUUCUUCUGGAGUAAGAAGAAGAAACCGGCGGUGAAGACUGUCACUUUGCACAAGACGCAAAUUCGUAAACUGUACAGACGAGUGUGGAACCAACCGGAGCAGAUUUCCCGCGAUCACGCGUGCUCGGAGUACAUCCACCCGGAGCACAUCUUGAUCGAUCCAUCGAAUCCGAACCCAAAACCAGGCGUGGAAUCGUACUGCAACGGGGUGAACGCUUUGAGGCAAGCGUUACCGACGAUUAAGAUGUACAUCGACGAUAUGAUCGAGCAAGGGUGUAAAGUGGCCGUGCAGUUAAGCUUCGUGGCGAGUUUAGGGGAGAGAAAAGCGAAGUGGACAGGGACGGCGGUGAUGGAAUUCGAGGACGAUUUGAUCGUCAAGACGUGGAUUAACACGGAUAGUAUCAGCGCGAUGAUUCAGUUAGGGUUGGUGAAUGAUUUGUUGAGGACGAAUAGCGGUAUCGGGAGCGAAGUCGCGACGACGACGGCGGGAGGAGCGAAAAUUACGAACAAGGUGCCGUUGAGAAGAGAUAAAGAGGCGGUGGCCGCGGCGCAGGCGCUUUUGGGGAGAACCGAGGAGCACCCGACCGAGGUGUUAACUGGGAAGGAAUGGUUGGAAUAUUUCGACGCGAUUCAAGAGGAGGAAUGGGAACACGGGAGUCAGAUGAGUCAGAAAGAAUUGGAGCUGCAACACGACGAUUUAAGCGGGUUGGACGUGGUGGUUUAG